GCGCCUGUCAGCAGUGGCCCAUGGGUGAACUUCUAUAUCGUUUCACUUCAAGGAUCAAAGCUCUGGAUGAGGUCGUCUUCGUGGGUACAGACGCCAGACCGCUCCAAGGACGACGACAAGGAGCGCUAUCUGACCUACUCGAUCGUCGUGCGGCAGGCGGACGAGGGGAAGGGCAUCAAGGAAGAAGUCGUGACGAAGAAGAUGGCGAAGUUCAUCGAUGGCGGCCCCAAGGAGUUUUUAGAGUGGACGUACCACUUUUUCCAGCUCGCCAAGCUGAAGGAGUGGGGCCCCGAGGACAAGUUCCGCAACACCAAGAUCCUGCUCGAGGGUGAUCUGCUGGACGCGUUCAACCACAACGAAGCAAGCGUAAACGACGGCGACGUGCGCAUGGGGGACGACGACUUCACCAAGGCACUGUAUCAAGCCUCAAUCGUGGUGAUUCCGGUUGACUACGGCGAGAAAAUCCAAGAAGACCU